CGCCGGGGCGGAGCCGGGACCAUAGAGAGGGGCGGCUAGAGAGGAGCCCGCCCGUCGGCCCGGGCCGGGGGUGGGGGGCGGUGUCGCCAUGGCGACCUGGAGGCUACUGCUGCGCGCGGGGCCGCGGCUGCUGCGGGAGCGCCGGGGACGGGUACCGCAUUGCUUGAUCAGAAGAACAUUUUUUGGGUAUCCCCUAGAUAAAGCAGGUUCUGCUCUGGUCCAGCAGACUAAAGGUGUUUGUUUGAGGUUCUGCAGACUACGAAGUUCUACAACAGCUGCUGACACAUCUGGAGAGGACAUCUUACUCAAAUGGGGCCUUUUCCUGGUCCCUUUGACCACAUUCUGUCUUGGCACUUGGCAGGUUCAGCGACGAAAGUGGAAAUUAGAUUUGAUUGCACAACUGGCAUCGAGAAUUACAUCAGAGCCCAUCCCUCUGACAUUAGACCCCAUGGAACUGAAGGAACUGGAGUACAGACCUGUAAAGGUCCGAGGGCAUUUUGACCACUCCAAGGAGCUCUAUAUUUUGCCACGGUCACUUGUGGACCCUGAGCGAGAAGCCAGAGAAGCUGGGCGGCUGACAUCCCACCCGGAAAAUGGAGCGAAUGUCAUUACUCCUUUCUACUGCACAGAACUGGGGGUCACAAUUUUAGUCAACCGAGGAUUUGUGCCCAAAAAGAAAUUGAAACCGGAGACCAGGCUGAAGGGACAGAUUGAAGAUGAAAUUGAUCUCACUGGGGUGGUGAGGUUAUCAGAAACCCGGAAGCCUUUUGUGCCUGAGAACAACAUUGAGAAAAACCGCUGGCACUACCGUGACCUGGAGGCUAUGGCAAAGGUGACCGGCGCUGAGCCCAUCUUUAUCGACGCAGAUUUUAGAAGCACGGUCCCAGGGGGGCCCAUCGGAGGCCAGACAAGAGUGAGCCUGAGAAAUGAGCACAUGCAGUACAUCGUCACCUGGUAUGGCUUAUGUGCUGCGACUUCAUUCAUGUGGUACAGAAAAUUUAUACGAAAGAUACCUCUGUGAGAAGGGCUAACCUCUUCUGGAGUACAGCCAGGAGCAGGCUUGUACAGAAGACAUCAGUCUGAUCAGUCCGCAGUAACUGAAGCACCCAGAGUUUCAGGGCAACAUGUUUGGUAAACAUGCACAGCUAUCAUGCUGUAAAGAGACUUUAAAACAACUGAUGCAGGGUCUGAGCGCCUACCAGUGUGGCUUGGGCUGCAGCUUGGAAGCACUGAACUUCAACAUUGUAAACGGUUGCUGAGCCUUCUAGUGCAGCUGAUUUAUGCAGUAAUCUCAAGGAUACAUUCUUCUGUUGUGGUUGGUUGUUAAAGCAGUGGAGAAGUUAAAAUUUUGUAGUUUAUUUUCCAAAAAACCAGCAAGGGAUUUUGUAAAUCGCUUUCUUUGCAAGGAGUGGUCAUUCCUGACCUCAGGAGUGAUUUCACAGCAGUUGCAUCAGAAGAGGGCCUAUAGGUGCUUGUGUUGUGCAUCGUGUAUCUUAACAGUGACAGCCCUCAAUUAAAGGUUACUGUGGACACUCAA